AUGUCCUGGCGCGUGGUCGGAAGCGAACAACAACAGCCGCCGACCUGUUGCUCACGGCAGCAAAUCAUCUCUUUGGCGUAUUUGAUCAAUAUCUGCCGUAAGGAUUCUAAGCUGAUUAAUUUUUGUUUUCUCUUCUUUUGCUUCUCAAUUCCUUCUCCUCCACUUCAAAUACUCACUGGCAAUAUUAAACCAAGUGUGAAUAAUGGAGUGCGGCACAAGGCCAGAGGAUUGUUUGAGCAAAUCGGCUGUGAGACUAAAUUGUUACUCCAAAGCAAGUCACUCAAUCAUUUUCUGUCAUUAUUCCAUUAUAAUAUUCCCUUCUUCUUUGUCAGCCUCUUUGCGUAUUAUCUUUCUUUUUAUAAUAAAUAUCAAAUGGUUUCGUUUGUUUACAUCUUCUUUCUAACCAUACAACUAUACUCACAGUUUACACAAUUUUAUUCUUUUAAUGUUCUUCCUCGCCCUCACUUUCUUUUUUUAACUUAUUGUUACUUUUCUCUCUCUUAUUGCUACUUUUCUCUCUCUUUUAUCAUUGCUUACUUAAGUUUUCUUUCCUUUGUUAUAUCGUUCACCAUUUCUUCUUCUUCUUCUUCUUCGUUGCUGUCGUUUGGUUGCUACUGA